GUGCAGAGGAAGAGGCGGAGCGGCGGCCGCGGGCUGAUCUCUCCACCGGCAGCCCAGCCCCGGCGCAGUACAAGAGGCGAGCGCCAAGGCGGCGGGCGGGCUGCGCAGAAUGAGCGGCGCGCAAGCGGGCGGGAGCGCAGGUCCGCUGGGCGCUCGUUCGGCGGCGCUGCGCGAGGGGCGGAGUCCUUUUCUGCAGUAGCGGCGCUCUUAGGCUCGGCUGGCUGGGCGCCGCCUUCGCCUCGGCAGCAGCUCUCCGGCGCGUAUGGCGCUUCCCGGCGCGCCGCGGAGGAGCCCACCGAAGCAGGGCGCCAUGCCGGGCGCGGAGCCUCGCUGAGUCCCCCGCGCAGCGCCCCGGGAGAGGCAGGAAAAGGAGCGAGCCAGCCCCGGGAUGAGCGCCUCGGCUGCCACGGGCGUCUUCGUGUUGUCCCUCUCGGCCAUUCCCGUCACUUACCUCUUCAACGCCUUGGCUGCCAGCGGCGGGUGAGCGAGAGCGGGGCGGUCGCGUUCCCACGUGCGCUCUGGUAGCGGGUUUGCGUGCACGUGUGAACGCGGUCUGGGAGGCAGAGGAGCGGGAGAGAGCUCCGGGAAUGGUGGGCGCGGGCAGAGCAGGGGUGGUGAAGCCUAUUCAUGGCAGGGGGAGAGGCGAACUUUGUUCCACACAGACUAGAGUUCCGGAAAAGAAAGGAAUAUAUUGGGGUCGGGGGUAGAGAAAGCUGCUUGUUUUUGGGGGGGCAUUUCCCUCUCUCGACCCACCCAAGUUGCCAUCUGUAGAAGCAAUGGAAGCCUCUGCCUGUUAUGGAGAAACUGUAUUGUGACUUGCUGGGGUGUCUUGAGCGAUCCAGCUGCAUGCUUUCUGUCCCAAACAGCUAGUGCCUGCUUAUGAGUAAAUAAGUGCUUACGAGUAAAUAGUGCAGGGGAUCGGGCUGAAUGGGCUUGCCCAGCUUAUAUCAGUGUAUAACUUGAAUGUAGAACUUCCAGCAGCUUCAAUUGUAAGUUGAGGUUUCUUCCAGCACCCAUUGUAUUCAUGAGUCAGAGAUUGAGUAGCAUGGCAGAGGAAUCACUGGUGCCUUUAAGGUCCCCAUUUGCACAUCACGCAGGACGUACUCAGAAUGUCAUUAAGGCUGCAGUUCCAACUCCCUUGGCUUGGGAGCAAGUCCCAUGGAAUUCUGUAGGGCUUAGCAGAUGUGGCUAGGGUUGCACUGUGAAUCAGCCAAAUCCUGGCCCCCUGAUUACCAUAGCAGCAUGAUACGAUGUGUGUGGUGUACACACAUUUACCUGUUUAGGUGUACACUAAAAUAGCUUAUGUGUGUACAUCUAAAAUAUAUAUGUAUUGAGUGAAGAGGUCAUAUUCCACAUGCGUGAGAGUAUCGCAGUAAAAUGCCUUUCGUUCUUUUUCUGCUGUUUGCACUUAGGAACACAUUUUUAUUAUUAUUCUGCUGAGGGGUUUAUAGGAAGGCAAAUCUAAAUGUGCAUUAGAAUUGUUUAUGUGCUUGAUGUGUUCCUUGUGAUCGCACAUUCACCUGGGUCAAGUGUGCUGUUGCGAUAGAAUUUUACACUGGCAUCCGCACCAGUGUGGUGAAGGUGCGCAGAACUUUGCAUUAACUGGAGUGUUGCAGCCUUAACAGCUUCUUCCAGUGAAGUCCUACACACACCUAACCUGCUUUUUGAGUGUUCAGAACUUUUUGGGUGUUAAUGAAGCUGUAAGGGAGGACAGCUGUUGGAAGGGAGGAAGCUGCCCGAUACUGAAUCAGACUGCUGGUCCCUCUAGCUCAGGACUGUCCUCACUGACAGCUCCCCAAGACUUAAGCCAGAGGACAUUCCCAGCCCUACCUAGAGAUUGAACCCAGGACCUUCCAUGUGCAAAGAAGAGGCUCCGCUGCUGACCUAUUGCCCUCCAUGCUUAGCUAACAAAUGGACACCACAUAACACCAGUCCUGAAAGACCUACUGUAUUUUUCGCUCUAUAAGACGCACCUUUUCCCUCCUAAAAAGUAAGGGGAAAUGUGUGUACAUCUUAUGAAGAGAAUGCAGGCUGCGUAACUAUCCCAGAAGCCAGAACAGCAAGAGGGAUCGCUGAUUUCACUGCGCAGCAAUCCCUCUUGCUGUUCUGACUUCGCUUCUCUGGAGAGGCGCUGUGCAGAAAGGGAAAACUGCGCAGCGCCCCUUCAGUGAAGCGGGAGGAAAAACGAAGCCCUUUCCAUUUCUCCUCCCGCUUCGCUGAAGGGGCACUGUGCAGAGAGGGAGAGAAUAUUUUUUUUCUUGUUCUCCUCCUCUAAAACUAGGUGCGUCUUAUGGUCGGGUGCGUCUUAUAGAGCGAAAAAUAUGGUACAUUGGCUCCCAGUACAUUUCCUAGCACAAUUCAAAGUGUUGGUGCUGACCUUUAAAGCCUCGGCCCAGUAUACCUGAAGGAGCAUCUCCACCCCCAUCGUCCAGCCCAGACACUGAGGUCCAGCGCUGAGGGCCUUCUUGCGGUUCCCUCCCUGUGAAAAGUGAGGUUACAGGGAACCAGGCAGAGGGCCUUCUUGGUAGUGGCACCCGCCCUGUGGAACGCCCUCCCACUAGAUGUCAAGGAAAUAAACAACUACCUGACUUUUAGAAUACAUCUGAAGGCAGUCCUGUUUAGGGAAGUUUUAUUGUUUGAUAUUUUAUCAUGUUUUUAAUAUUCUGUUGGGAGCUGCCCAGAGUGGCUGGGGAAACCCAGCCAGAUGGCCGGGGUAUAAAUAUAUUAUUAUUAUUAUUAUUAUUAUUAUUAUUAUGGCCAUAGAACAUAGGGAAUCAGAACCAUUGUUGCAUCUAGAUCUCCACGCUAAAUAGCAAUGGCUCCCUGGGGUUUCAGACAGCUCUGCGUGGAGAUGUGGGAGUCUGAAACUGGGACCUCCUGUCUGCAAAAUGGAUGCCAUUCAUUACUGCCCAAUAGGUUGGGUUACAAACACUUCGGGUUACGUGUUUUCAGGGAAACCCGGAAGUACCGGAAAGGGUUACUUCCGGGUUUCGCUGUAUGCGCAGAAGUGCUAAAUCACGCUUCGCACAUGUGCAGAAGAGCCAAAUCGCAUCACGCACAUGCACAGACGCAGCACUGCAGGUUACGAACGCUGCGGGUUGCGGACGUGCCUCCGUCACGGAUUACGUCCGCAACCCGAGGUUCCACUGUAUUGCAGAUGAGAGGCUGAGUGAUGGUGGCAUAACUUGGACAAUCACUUGGACUAUCACUGACCUGAGCCAGUGAUUUCCUUGGCUUUUGUUGCAAACAUAGCCAAGAGUUGGCCCCAUGGAAUGGAAUGAGACUUCCUUCUGCCUGAAUGUGCACAGGCCUGUAGUCGUAGCUGUCGUACCAGAUACUAUAGGUCAUCUACGAUUCCUGGCCAUUAACUGAAGGCCCACCAUUGUAUUUGGUAGAAAUGGCUGUGAACUCAUAAAGUCCUGUGUCGGAAGUUUGAAAGUACUUUCCUGCUUUUGAUCUCCCAUUAAAGGAAUUCAGAUGUGUGCAAAUGGCACGGGGAAGCUCAGUGGUGCCUCGGGUAUCUCUGCGAAAACAAUCACAAGCACCUGCAUUUUUAAAAAGGCGAUAUCCUUUAUUGCCAAUGCAUAUUGAGAAAUGCUCUCGAGUGAUAUGUUUUUUAACAAUUAAAAUGUGGAAGAAAUAUCUUCUCUGAACCCAGAGAAGAAGAAGCUGAAGCUGAUCUUCUCAGUACCCAGCUGGAAAACAUCCUUUCUACUGGUGUAUAAUUCUUGUUGACCCACUUCAAAAUUAUGACGGAGGCGGGAAUCCUAACCCACUUACUUGGGAGUGAGUAUCAUCAAAUUGUGUAGGGCUUACUUCUGAGUAGAUGUGUUUAGAAUUCUGCUGCAAGUCUGAAAUUCUAUAUACACUUCCCUGGGAAUAAGUUCAUCUGAAUUCAGUGGGGAUUACUUCUGAGUAGACAUGUGUAAAAUAGAUACGUGUGUAUCCAGUGCUGUUUUUUCGGGGGUGGGGGACGCAGGGGGACGCAUACCCCUAAACAUUUUGUGAAUCUUUGUACUUUGGUCCAUUUACUGUAUUUAUUUUUCCCAAUUUGAACUAUAAAAUGGUGAUUUUCUUGAGCCAAAAUGAGAGUACCCCUAAACAUUUUUUUAAAGAAAAAAAGCACUGUGCGUAUCUGUUGAACACACACACUCAGAAGUAGGACCUAUUGAAUUCAGUGGGGCUAAGUUCUACCACCACUGUUGGAGGCUGUAUCCUUCUGCCGCUUACUGCGGAUCACAAGUGGCUAGUAUUCCCAGGAAAGUGGGUGAAAUAUUGCAGCCUUACUUGGCAAUGAGCCCCAUUAAACCCUGCUGAGUAAAUAUGCAUAGGGUUGUGCCAUCAAGGCAUGCAGUGUGUUCAGACCCUCUAGGGGAAAAUAACUCUCCUUUUCCUCCUUCCAUAGUUUAUUUUCCUGCCCAGCUAUUUGAUCCCUCUUGCCUGCUUCCUCUCUGUGUGAAAACAUCUUGACUGUAUGUUUUCAGCCUUCCUAGGUAUUACAGAUUCAUUUGCAUUAGAGACAUCAAUUUCAGUGGAGCCGUCAGAGGAGGGCCGAGUGGGCAAGCCGCGGAGAGAUCCAUUGGCUGCUUGCAUAAUCUGUGCUGGUAUUUUUAGAAGCUGCGCUCCGCUGCCUGCAAGGGACAUUGUGUGUAGAGAGAGAGGAACAACAAUAGCUACCAGCUGCCUUCUCAAAAGGAAGAGCCAGGGGUUUCAUUUAUCAAAAGAAAACUGCCAGUGCCAUGGCAUGUUUUGAGGGCAAAGGCCUUCCGAGCUGGAAAGCUAUGGGAGGAGGGCUGUAGCUAAGUGGUAGAGAAUCUGCUUCACAUGCAGGAGGUCGCAGGUUCAAAUCCUGGCAUCUCCAGGCAGGGCUGUGAAAGGCCCUCUGUCUAAAAAUAUGGAGAGCCAUUGCCAGUCAGGUCGGGGUAGACAAUGCUGAGCUAGAGGAAGCAGUGGUCUGACAUGGUAUAAGGCGGGUUCCAAUAUUUAACUGAAAUCAGCCCUGUGUUCUAUGCCAUGAGAAUGUGAAUCUUUCUUUAUAUUUAGAAAAGGACGACAGCUCAGUGACAGAGCCCAUUCUUUGCAUGCAGAAGGUUUAAGAUUUAAACCCUGGCAUCGCCAAGUAGGGCUAGGAACGACCCUUGCUUGAAAGUUUGCAAAGCUGCUGCCAGCCCGUGUGGGCAGUAUUGACCUGGGUGCACUAAUGGUCUGCUUUUGGCAUAAGGCAGCUUCCUAUGUUCUUUAACCUCAGAUAACCUCAGCCUAAUCCUUUAUAUCCCUGCCUGAUCACCAAGACCUUUGGGAGAGUCUCUAUAGAUGGUCCUUCGUGCUUCAGAGGUACAGCUCGUAACUACCAGAAGCCAUGCAUUCAUUGUAGUGGGUCUGAGCCUGUGGGACCCCCUCCCAAACUGAGAUUAGACAGGCACCCUCCUUGCUGAACUUUGGCACAUGACUAAGACUAGUAAUGUAAGCAAAGGCAGAUGUUGUUAUAGUUUCUCUUGCUAAAGACUAUGGGGUCAAGUAGCAGGGCUCACACUCUGUUUUCAUGACGGAUUGUGGUAGAUACUCGUAUUUCCUUGAUAUGUGCAGUGUUCCUUCAAAGCGGAAAGGGUUUUGUUUUUGCGUAACUAUCCGCUUUUGAAACGGUAUUCUGUACAUAAGGAUCUGCAAUUUGCAAACGACUUCUUGCGAUGAGCUGACCAAACAGCAUUACAAAGCUUGGGUUGCUCUAAUGAUGGUUUGGUGCACUGCUGACAAACUAUAGUUUAUGUAAUUAUGUAGCAAAAUGUUUGCUUGUGACCAAGCCAGUGAAAUGUAACAACUAAAUCGAACAGAAUAAGGCUGCUCCCUCCUUUCUGAAGACAUGAUUGCUUGUGUGAUUAAACAAAACAAAAAAGGAAGUGAGAUACAAAGUGUGUUUCCAAAUGAGGUCUGAGAAAUUCUUAACCACAGAAUGCUAACCUGCAUUUGCAGAAAGGAAGAAUGCAAAAUCAAGCAAACCUUCAAAGCAGUUUCUUACUUUAUUAUUACGUGUUAAAGCUGCAAUAUGAUUGAAUCUUGACAAUGGAGAGAAUGCCCUCGUUUCUAGGGCUUAAAAGACAAACAUGGGCUCGUUGUGUUUGCAUUUUGUGCUGGGGAAGAUCAGUAGCAAUGCUUAAGCUGCCUUGCAGGGAUGUUUAUUCGCUAUUGCCUGUUUAUGGUAAUGGACUGGAUGAGGUCCAAUAAACUGAAACUCAACCCAGAGAAGACAGACACUGUUAGUAGGUGGUUCCUCCGCCUGGAAAAAUGGUGCCAAACCAGUUCUGGAUAGGGAGGCACAGGUGGAAUGCCUUCUACCAACUAGUCACCCACCAAUGCCCCUUUAGACAAGGAUGAUCUGGCUUCGGUAGUUGAUGCUCAGAGAUCGAGUUGUGUGCAAUAGUAUGCCAUUUGUUUGAUACAGUUGAGGAACCAUUGAGAUGAUAGACUUCUCCCCUGGUUUUAAUCUCUGCAGCUCCUGGGUCACUGUUGCAGUUGGAUUGUUGAUUCUGUUCUUAGUGGGUCUAGCAGCCCGAUUCCUGGUGAAAAGAAAACCGCCCCGAGACCCACUGUUCUAUGGUACGUAUCGGUACCCUGCAACAGGAGUAUCUCUAAGGGUAGAGUGUGGCUUUUACUAAGGUUUAAUGCAGGGGUAGGCAACCUAAGGCCUGGGGGCCGGAUGUGGCCCAUUAGCCUUCUCAAUCCGUCCUGCGGAUGGUCUGGGGAUCAGCGUAUUUUUACAUGAGUAGAAUGUGUCCUUUUAUUUAAAAUGCAUCUUUGGAUUAUUUGUGGGGCCUGCUUGGUGUUUUUACAUGAGUAGAAUGUGUGCUUUUAUUUAAAAUGCACCUCUGGGUUAUUUGUGGGGCAUAGGAAUUCGAUCAUAUUUUUUUUCAAAAUAUAGUCCGGCCCACCACAUGGUCUGAGGGAUGGUGGACCGGCCCAUGGCUGAAAAAUGCUGCUGACCCCUGGUUUAAUGAGAAAUUAUGGUUUCCCACUGUAAGAACAAAUUGCCUUGAGCCUUGGGGUUAUGUGCUCCCUGCCAUUCUCUUUUUGUGCCCACAAGAAGGAGAAUGAAAACUUCUGGUUUCGAUUUUAAAGCUAACCACACCAGCCUGUGAUGUCUGAAGUUGGGGAAUUGUGAUUUGAGGUUAUGGCAGAAUCAGGCUGUGGUUUCAAAACCUGGAUUGUUUAGAUCAGUGGUUUUCAACCAGUGUGCCAUGGCUAUAAGCUCCACAGGUGAAUGGUGCCUCUGGGGCUGGCCAGGGGGUGCUGGUUGCCAGGAACUGAGGCAGCCUCUGAGUAAGCAAGCAAGUAGGUGAGGGAGCCCAGCCAGCCAGUCCACCAACGCUUGCUGUUGGGAAUGGAUAGACAAGUCCUAGGCCUCUGUGGGGCAGUGUGAGCAGGCACCUCUCUUUGGUGCUUGGGGGGCAGCUCAGAGACCAGGCAUGGCAGCGGCGGCUGCUGGGAGGACUCCCAAGGAGAGGGUAGUGGAGGUUGAGGGAACCCUCCACAAGGGAGGGUGUUUGAAAAGGGAUGGGGGCCACCAGCUCUGCAGUCAAGGGGUGACAUAACUGGGCUCCUGAUCCCCAGAGGGGUGCCACAGAAAUAAUGUAGUUUUGUGGACUCAAAAUGGUUGAAAACCUCUGGUUUAGACAGUUGCAAGGAUGGGAACUUGCGGCCCUUCAGAUGUUUUUGUUGGACUCCAACUCUCAUCAGCCCCAGCCAACAAGGCCAGUGGUCAGGGAUUAUGAGAGCUGUAGUCUGCGACAUCGGGAAGGCCACGGGUUUUCCAUCUGUGCUCUAAACAAAAAAACAAACGGUCCCUGAGUCCAGAUCACAGGGUACUGUGGUUAGUUUAAGAUCAAAAGCUUCUCUGACUUUAAGAGUGGCUGGGGAAACCCAGCCAGAUGGGAGGGGUAUAAAUAAAUUAUUAUUAUUAUUAAUUAUUAUUACAAGUUACAGGGAACCAGGCAGAGGGCCUUCUCGGUAGUGGCACCCGCCCUGUGGAACGCCCUCCCACCAGAUGUCAAAGAGAAAGAUAACUGCCAAACUUUUAGAAGACAUCUGAAGGCAGCCCUGUUUAGGGAAGCUUUUAAUGUUUAAUAGGUUAUUGUAUUUUAGUGUUUUGUUGGAAGCCACCCAGAGUGGCUGGGGAAACCCAGCCAGAUGGGUGGGGUAUAAAUAAUAAAUUAUUAUUAUUAUUAUUAGGGCAUGGGGGAAGAGUUGGGAGCGUAUGAGUCUGAGGCUUACAGUGGGGAAGGCCAGCCUGGCUUGUGCCACCCUGGCUGUCUAGCUGAGCUUGACAUUAGGAAAAAGACACUCUUACAAGUUAUUAAUGUGUUUAUAUUCCUCCUUCUCCUCUUGAACUGCCACAGUCUAUGCCGUGUUUGCUUUCACCAGCAUCGUGAACUUGAUCAUUGGGCUUGAGCAUGACGGAAUCAUCGAUGGAUUCAUGACCCAUUACUUGAAAGAGGUAGGUGAUGAUCUCAAGGUAGGAGAUCAUCCGCUUGGCGGAUGACUGGAGGGUGGUGAAGGCUACAUGAGCCUUUAUGGACGCCAACAAAGGCCGUUUUUAGUUCCUCCUAAAUUCUCCACAUCCUCCCUGAGUCCUGGAGAACUUAAAAGCUUGCUUCCUCUUUUGUGAUAUUUUCGUUCUCGGCAGCGCUUGGGUGCCAUUCCUUCACAACAACCAAGACUUUUCUUUUUUUACUUGCAAGGAUCCAGAGCAGAGGUGGGGAACCCCAGGCCAGAUGUGGCCCUCUAGGCAUCCCUGUCUGGCCCUCAGGGAUCUCCCCAGCCCACAGUCCUCCCUGGCUCCUGCUGUGCACCCUCCUCAUGUGCUUCUGCUUGCCUAGAAAUUCCCCUUCCAUUCCAUUUCAUCUCACUUUUAAUUUUUAUACCGCCUUUCUAUACUACGGUACACACCAAAAUAGAUGGCAAAGAUUGUCCACGUAACAAUCUGAUCCGACACAAAAAGUCACAGUAACUUAAAAAUAAACAACUUAUAUCAAAUAAAGCAAUUUUCAAUAAUGCAUUAGAAUAUAAUAGUAAACAGUAAAAUUAAAUAUCAGCAAAUAGUAAACAGCUUGCACUUAUAAAUUACAGUAAAGAAUUACUAAACUGUCAAUCAAUAAAAAUAACGGCAAGUCACAAUGCAUAAAUUGCCGCAAGACAUACAAAAACCCAUGUAAAAGGAUCAAAUUGAGAAACAAGGACACACAACCUAUAACACAUUUUUAAAAAAAAAAUAUGGUCUGGGAAAGGCUCCUAGGGCUGGAGGAUAGGGCAAGGCAGGUGGAAAAAGGCAUUGCAUGAUGAAAAGCAGAAAAUCUCUCGUGCACAUCUUGAUUAUUUCGCGUGGCUGGAAUGUACCCUGCUAUACUGAAGGGAAUGUGGUCCUUGACCUGAAAAGGCUUCCCUACCCCCCUACUCCAGAUUGCUGAAGGAAGCUUCAUCCUGAUAUAUUUAUUUAUGGAUUUCAAAGAAUUGCCGGUUGCCCUUCAGCAGAUUCCAGAGGCGGUGAACCGCAAGUACAAAUAAUGAAUCAUUUAUAUCACAACUCACUAAAAUCCGGCCUCAUGUUGCCACAACACGGCUGCAUCGGUCCUUUUAGAGAUAUUGCCCUGGUUUGGCUUCUGGGUUUUGUUUUCCUCAAGGAUCAGCAUGGCUACUUUUAUUUUAUUUUUAGCAAUUGUCUUGUUUCUCAACUACUUCAGGCUCAGAAGCAGGUUCAGGAUUGCAGCCUUAGAACUGCAAGAUGUGGUGUGAACACCCACACUUAGGAGUGUCAGCAGUUUUGAAAAACACGCAAACACGCAAUGUGUGAACUUGUAUCAGGACCACAGCAUUGCGGGAUGCACAAACCGUAUUCCCCGCUGUGCCACUUUAUGCCAUUUACAGCUAUUAAUUUGUUUGCGGCAUUUGUUUGCCGCCACACAAAGUUCUCUGGGCAGCUCAUGAUAAAUAACUAAAAACCAAUUUAAAUACAAAUUACGACACAAAGGCAUGAAACGCUAGAAAAACAAAACUUGCCGCACCCCCAAAGAUCAGAGACAGAUUUCCCUGAUUGAGAUUGCCUCUGCUCAAAAGUUAUUUGCCUUCCAGCAGAAAGCUUAGUGGUAUAAUUGGGGUAGGGUUAUUUUGGGCAGGACAUUAAUUACAAAAAUGGCAUGGGGGUGUUGGGGGAGAAUAGUUAAUCCCCCAUCCAGUGUCACCCCGGCCUCUCCCUAAUCCUCACUUCUUAAAAACACACACACACACACACACACACACACACACACACAGGUGAUUCCAGUUGUAGAUUUCCCAUAUCACACUCUGCUGGUUAAUUACUAGGAUACUGAACUCAGCAGAACUCUUUAGAAUAAAUAUACCGUACUUUUCCGUGUAUAAGACUAGGAUUUUUCCUUUUAAAGUUAUGUUAAAAAUUGGGGGUCAUCUUAUACACAGGUAGUGUAUCCCCCCAUUUUCUCAAUUUGGAGUCCCCCCCAAAAGGGGGCAUCUUAUACCCGAGGGUGUGUUAUACACGGAAAAAUACAGUACUUUGAAUUGUGCUGUUGGACAAUUAAUUUCCUGCAGAUUGGUCUGGUAUAUUUGGAUUUGAUCCUAACGCGGCACACUUUUCGUGAUGGUUGAUCUCGGAUUGCAAUUUUCUUACGCUGACGCUUGAAAUGUGACCUCUAGAAAGAAUGCUCAUAUCAGGAUUGGAUUAAUGUUACCAGCUUUGUUCCUUUCCAAAGCUGCUUUUUAUUUGUGCUGCCUCAGAAAUGCUGUCUAAUCUUAUUUGUCACUGUGUUUUUGUUUUCCUUAGGGGGAACCUUAUCUGAACACGGCCUACGGCCACGUGAUCUGCUAUUGGGAUGGCUCUGUUCAUUAUCUGAUGUAUCUCUUGAUGGUGGCAGCUAUUGCAUGGGAGUAAGUUGAUUUAAUGCUUGUGGGCAGCAAGAUUGGCACAAUUUACCUUUCACGGCUCUUUUCAAAAUCACCUCACAGUAUACUUAGCUUUACCUACAAACUGGGCAUAAAAUGACCUUUCCUUUUUUGGGUUUUUUUAGAAGUAGUUUAAGCUUAACCUGAAAAUUCUAAUCUUGGCACCUGUUUAUUUAUAUAUUUUAAAAUUUCUAUCCCACUUUUCCUCCAAAGAGCUCAAGGUGCCAUACUUAUAUCUCCCCAUGCCAUUUUAUUUUCACAACGACCCUGUGAGGUAGUUUCGGCUCAGAGAGAGAGUGUGACUGGCCCAAAGUCAUCCAGGAAGCUUCACGGAUGAGUGGGGAUUUGAACCCUGUCCUUGUCUGACUGUCUAACCACUCCACCAUAUUGUCACAAUAACGUGUGCCUCCAGUUGUGAAGAUGGUGUAUGAAACAGGUAUUUCUGUUGCAGGGAAAGUUAUCGGACUAUUGGCUUAUAUUGGCUGGGGUCCAUCAUGAUGAGCGUCAUUGUCUUUGUGCCUGGAAACAUUGUGGGUAAGGACAUAUCACUUAGUCCAUUUUGCUUUGUGGAGAGCCACAGUUGGCCUGCUGUCAGAAUUUUGAUCUUGCAAUAGAUGCAAGAGCCCAAAUGUCUCUGGUUGAAUAUCUGUACUGUUGCAAUAACUGGAAAACUGGACAUGGUCAACAGAAGCCAAACUCAAAUCCAUACCAUUUAUUUGUGCCUACACAACACUUAGGGAUGCGGGUGGCACUGUGGGUUAAACCACAGAGCCUAGGACUUGCCGAUCAGAAGGUCAGCGGUUCGAAUCCCCGUGACGGGGUGAGCUCCCGUUGCUCAGUCCCUGCUCCUGCCAACCUAGCAGUUCAAAAGCACGUCAAAGUGCAGGUAGAUAAAUAGGUACCGCUCUGGCGGGAAGGUAAAUGAUGUUUCCGUGCGCUGCUGUAGUUCGCCAGAAGUGGCUUAGUCAUGCUGGCCACAUGACCUGGAAGCUGUACGCCGGCUCCCUCGGCCAAUAAAGCAAGAUGAGCACUGCAACCCCAGAGUCGGCCACGACUGGACCUAAUGGUCAGGGGUCCCUUUACCUUUUUUACACAACACUUGGCAUUUUAUUUUGCGUAUCCAAGGUGUUCAUGGUAGGAAUGUUACCUUUCUUUUUCCAUUAGCACUUCAGCCUUGAAACAAAAUUCACUUAGGCUUGUUCAUAUGUUUUCAAACUGCUUUACACAGAGCAGCCUUUUCACUCCUGGGAACACAGCUCCUGGGAAAAAGUAAUGCUUGCUCAAGAUCAUUUAAAGAUAUAGCCUCUGUUUCCCAGCAGCAAGUCAUUUGUAUGUGUGACAGCAGAAAAUGCUGCAGUGUAGAAGAUUGUAUCGAGAGAGAUGUGUGUAAACUUGCAGGCAAAGAUGAUGAGGUGCUUCAGCGAAGGCGUGAGCUACAUGCUGAACAGGUUGAUCAAGCAUUAGGUGCAAUGUUAAUUGAGCAUGGAAGAAAACAUUGGUCUGUUAUGAUCAAAGCUCAGAGGUCAACAAGGUGCAGAAAGAAAGCCUUGUAGGCUUGGCAUCAUCUUUGGUCUGUGUUGGUGCAAGCAUUCCAUAGAAGAAAUUUAAUGUGGUAAUGGGAAGCUGUGGUUCUGAACUCCAAUUCCCAUCAUUCCUGACCACUGGCCAUGCUGGCUAGAGUUGAUGGGAUUUGGAGUCCCAACAACAUCUAAUGUGCAAGAGGUUCUUAAGUUGAAUGAGAUUUACCUCCAGGUACAUGUGCACAGGAUGGGACGCGGGUGGCGCUGUGGGUUAAACCACAGAGCCUAGGACUUGCUGAUCAGAAGGUCAGUGGUUCGAAUCCCCGCGGCGGGGUGAGCUCCUGUUGCUCUGCCCCAGCUCCUGCCAACCUAGCAGUUCGAAAGCAUGUCAAAGUGCAAGUAGAUAAAUAGAUACCGCUCCGGCGGGAAGGCAAACGGUGUUUCCGUGUGCUGCUCUGGUUCACCAGAAGUGGCUUAGUCAUGCUGGCCACAUGACCCGGAAGCUGUACGCUGGCUCCCUCGGCCAAUAAAGCGAGAUGAGCGCCGCAACCCCAGAGUCAGCCACGACUGGACCUAAUGGUCAGGGGUCCCAUUACCUUUACUUACAUGUGCACAGGAUUACACAUGUGGGGUAUAUUUCUUGCUAGACAUGCCUAGGCUCAUGGUGUAAAAUGCUUUAUUGAAGGUCAUAAUUUUUAAUUUUUUUGUGUUGUUACUUGCAGGCAAGUUUGGAACCAAAAUUUGCCCUGCAUCUUUAUUAAGUAUCCCAUUUAUCUGUCUCCCAAUAUGGGCUGGUUUCAAAAUCUAUAAUCAGCCUCCCGUGAUUGGUGACUGUCCAGCCAAGGUAAUAUUUAUGUAUGAAUGUGUUUGUUGUUUCAAUGAUAAGAACCCGCUGAGGCAAAAUCUGAUGAAUGUCAAAAUGAUAUCUGAUGUAUGGCUGAGAAACAAUUUAUCCCGCCUAGGUUGCAAAAGCAAUAUUUGACAUGGUUCCCUUUCGCUGGCCUUUGUAUUCCAUAUUUUGUACUUGCCCUAGGGUGAAGAUGAAUCCCUCCCCCUGUACUAUACUUAAAAUCAAGGGUGAGGAACCUUUUCCAGCCUGAGGGCAACAUUAUAGCUGUCAACUUACAGAUUUGAAAAAAUAAGGGACCAGCAGCCUCAAAAAUAAGGGAUCAGCAGCCAAAAGAAGGGAUCAAUAAUUACUUUGAUAAAAUACAUAUUUUGUUGCGUGCAAAUGGCUUUAGAUACCUAUUAGGUCCAUAAAUUACCAUAUAGCAUAUAUUCAACACAAAAAACAGCAACAAUUUGUUGUUGACAAAGGACAGCUGGACAUAGAAAGGGCCCCAUUACCUUCAGUAGCUUAUUUAAGGGACAUCAUCAAUAAGGGACAGCAGCGGGACAUGGCGCUAGGAUAAGGGACUGUCCCGCCAAAUAAGGGACGCUUGACAGCUAUGGGCAACAUACAACUUUUCAGGGGCUAUGUGCUGGCAGAGGGUGAGGCCAGAGGCAGAAAGUGGGGGAAACAACUGAUGUGACUUUUCACUAUUGUACUGAAGGCCACAUUCCAACCCUGCAAAAAUCAAGGGUUUCUAAAGAUGCAUUUCUCCAGGCAAGCAAGAGGCAUUUUCACCAGUGACAUAGUGUUGGGGUGUGUGCACAGGGGCGGUUGCCUCAGGCACAAAAUUGUUAGGGGCACAAAAUUCAAACAUCCGGUGCUGCCUCAAUACAGCUGCACGCUUCCAUUGCUGGGCUCUGUUGAAAACAGGUUCUCUGUGCAAACCAGGAAGUGACCUUUCAAGACAAUGGAAGAACUCUUUUUUUUUAUUAUCUCUGUGGCUGCGAUACUUAUACCUACUCCAACUGUUUUGCUUCCUCCCACCCCCUCUCCGCAUGGCCCUGGGUGCUGGCAAACCUCGCUAUGCCACUGAUGAUCACAGCUCAAGAAUGAAUUUCAUAUAGGCCAGAGCACUUGAACAGGGCAAGGAGCAGUGCUAUUGAUGGGUCUUGUUUUAGGGAUGAGGCAUGGCUGGGAUAGAGACCUAAGGGCUAGGAAGGGGCUGGAUUUAACCUUGCCACGUGAACCUUUGCAUCUGGUGCCUUCUUUUAAUUACGUCAGGUGAGUCCCAUUUGACCAUGCACCAGCCAGACGUCACUCAUAUGAACCACAUUUGGAGGGAGAGGGUGUCACUUGGGUGGAAUCUAGACACAUAUAAAAAACGUUGUGAAAUUGCUCUUUUAAAAAAAAGUUUUGAAAAAUAUAUUGAAUUUGCCAUAGCUCACCAUCACCAUCUCGUGUCAGAUCUGUUUAAUGCACUUUAAAACACACUUAAGAUGUUUUAUUUGCAGCUGUAUAGCUGAGUCCUUGGUGUAAGGAAUGUUAAAAUAAGUUUGCGAUUUACUGAGCUGGGCUGGCCCCAUCAUUGGGCAGAAUGAGGCAGUGGUCUUAGGCGGCGGAUGUGGGGGGUUAGCAGUAUCAGCCUUCCCCAUAGCAUUUCUUCUUAAGAAUGCUCCUCAAUAACUCCUCCCCCCCCCAUUGGACACCAGAGCUAUGUGUGCCACAGACUUGCCAUACUCCCCAAGCUAGCUUGCUGGCCUCAGGUGUGCUGGAGAAUACUAUCCUGCUGCCAUUGUUGAAACAGGAUUCAGAGGUCCUUCUCUGUGUGUCUCAUCUGAGAGAGGUACAGAUUGUGGCAAUGAGAGAAGGGGCCUUUUCUGUGCUGGCUCCUCAUCUCCUCAUGCUGUCCCCACAGAAACGCAUCUGGUCCCAAUACUGUCAUCUUUUAGGUGCCGGGAUAAGAAAAAUCCUGUUUGCCCAGGCUUAUUUAUUUAUUAAUUAAAACCACUUAAAGUUGUACUGCAGUAUGAUUUAUGGGCUAUUUGUGGAGAUCACCUCUUUGUGGGGUGUGCCAGGAUUUGCUCAUUCUCAUCAUCAUCAUCAUCAUUUAUUUAUACCCCGCCCAUCUGGCUGGGUUUCCCCAGCCACUCUGGGUGGCUUCCAACAGAAUAUUAAAAUACAAUGACCUAUUAAACAUUAAACAUUAAAAGCUUCCCUAAACAGGGCUGCCUUCAGAUGCCUUCUAAAAGUUUCAUGUUGUCGUUUGGUGAAAUACCUUUAUGUGUGGCAUUCUAUUCCGUGUAUUUGUUUAUAAAAGAUUCAGAAACUCUUCGGUAUCUAUAUUUUGUAAAGCUGCUUGUCGGUCUGUUAUGCGUUUGGACCCCUCUUAAGACACGGUAACCAAAUCUUGCAUGAUGGUUCCUGAGAUCAAGGAGCAGGUUUGUGUCUCUGUGGAUACAAUCGGUUGCCAUUUUGAAUCAAGAUGGCAGACUGAACCUUUCAAAACAGUGCUUAUUUUAACCAUUUAUUUCAAAACUACAGAUUUUGUGGGGGGUUUUAGAAUUCCCAAGAAGCACCGGCUUUGAGUUUGCUAGUUUUAUAUAUUUAUAAAUCUGUGGGAGACAUUUUUUUUUGGUAGAAAGCAAUGAAUACACCAUAAUCUUUCUGUUUGGUUAGCCCCUGUACAUGGAACAGGGGGGUGAGAUAGGUCCCCUCUUGUCUAUUGCCUCACAAUCAGGCAGCAUAAUCUACCACACAUUUAUUUCCUUGUCUCUCAGAUAAACACUCUGUUAAUACCUUCAUUGUUCCGUCACCACAGUAAGACUAGUGACACUGGUCUGAAUUGUGGAUUUUAAAACUGCUCCUGGGGAGUCGGCUUGCUAAUGUGCUCUCUCAACAGAUUUGAUGGAUGUGUUUUCGCUCUGCAUUAAAUUGAGCUUUUUUAGCCAAUUAUCAGCAAAAGUUCAGAGUCAUGUCCACAGGAGGGCUCUAAAUAUAGAAUCCCAUCAUUGAUUCUGAGCAACUUUUUUUUAACCCAACAGUGAAAUUGCUUUUCCUGUGGGAAAGCUGAACGCUUUAUUCAUCACUAUGAAUUAUGACUUCUGUACAAGACAAGAAUAGCCAAGAGAGUAGUGAUAGCGGCUGUUAAAACUGCCAGGAAAGUGAAAUCAGCCGAAGUGUUUUAGCAAUGCAUAGUCCCCAGAUAAAUUUUGUCAGUGCAAAUCAGGGAAACUAAAACUGGAAUUAGGCAAGUUUAUCUGAUUUCACACAGUAGGGAUGGCGGACCUGGUAACCCCCUUUGUACGUUGGUUCAUAUUUCUUGGUUGCAUUUCCAUGCCAUCAAGGCGCCCUAGGCGGUUUGCAGUUUUAAAAUACGUAAACCAAUGAACGAUAUAAAAUGCAGUGACAGUGGUCCUCUCAGACCAACUGUGAGCUGAUGGCAAAAGCUUCCUUGCUUCUGCAUUUAUGAGCUUUGCAUGAACAUCACGGUUUGGUUUGGUUUGGUUUGGUUUGGUGGGUCCUGUUAUGGAUCUUGAAGGGAACAGUUUGCUGGCCUUGGAGAUAGAUGAUAAUGAGGUAGACCGUAGCUCAUUUUGGGGACUGGUAACAUACAAAGAUCGGCUCUUUUUUCAGCUCUCUAAUGUGAGUUGUCUCUCAGCCCUUUUGUGCAAAUAAGGAACUGGUCACCGGUAGCCAACUUCCCCCCUCAUAGAUCUCGCAUUCUUCCUCUGUGUUUAUACUACAAGCGUAUUUCAGUGAGGGCUUUUUUCACUGGGCCCUGGAUAACUUGCUGCCAAGUUAUAAGCAAACUCUUUGUUUACACAGCAACAUGCUGCUCAACACAAAAAUGGUUUUCCUCAGUCUCUGCUGGUAUAAUUGUCCCUGCCGGGCCGCGUUUCUCUCAUUUUCAAAUGACUUUUCUUUCGAAAGAGCCUCGUCUCUCCCGUCUCAACCCCCCUGACUAAUAAUAAUAAUAAUAAUAAUAUUUAUACCCCGCCCAUCUGGGGAAUCACACGGGGAAUCUUGCAGUUCCACAAUCAGAUGGUUGGUAGAUAUUGGCCACAAUAAGCUUGAGAUUAGUAGCUGUUUGGGAGGGUGUGCGGGGUUUUUUUUAGAUGUUGUUAGAUUAUCUUUAAAUAGUUUUAAAUAUAUGCAGUUGUUUUCUAAAUUUUAUUGCUUUAGUGCUUUGAUGUCUGCUGCCCUGAGUUCCUUCAGCAGGAAGGGCAAGAUAAUAAAAAUAAGAUUGAUUGAUUGAUUGAAUGAAUGAAUAAUGAAACUCUCCCAGAAAUUGUGAUGCUACCACCAUUAUUCCAGUUGGUAUCUAUAUUGUGUGGGGAGGGCACUGUGGCUAAGGCCAUUGGCUGUUUAAUCGGUUCCUCUUGUAUAUGUUUGUGUAGGUGUGGGUGUCUUUACCUUGCAUUUGAUUAAAUUAGAAAUUUUAAGUUCUGUCCUUGUAGUUCUCUUGUUUACCUCAGGACAGAAGUCUUAAGGUGUUUUUUGGGCCAGUUUAUAUGACUUUGAAAUUUUUGCAUGUUGUUCCAUAGAAUGGUUAGUGACCCCUCUGGAAAUCAUAUUGCAGGUGAUUCGGGAAGUUCAGCAGAAGAGACUUCUGAGAAGACCUCUAGAUUUGCUGUUGGCUGUAUAUUUCGUCUUUGCAACUGGAUUUUGCCUUUUUAGGGGCCUGGUAAGUUGGUUGGUUUGGGUGUGGGUGUGUGAAAGAAAGCUUAUUGGUGUCACCUGUUUAGUUUAGAAAAUAUACAUAUAAAGAAUAUGGAAAAGGGGGGUGCUAUACAGUCAUGGAAACCAAGGAGUGAGAGUCUACACCCCACCCCAUUUCUUUACCCCCCAGAAUCUGGAAGGUAAGUCCCCUACCCCAUAGUAACUAGGCUUGGGGAAAACCCCCAAACCCCCAAUUCCAGCCUAAUGGUGGAGGGAGAGAUUGUGUGCCCAUGUAUGGUUGUGCGUACCUCGAUGUAUACAUAGCUUUGUGUGUGUGGUGCCCACAAGAACAGUUUAUUCAGUUUGCAAAUGUGCCCAUUGUUUCAAAAAGCUUGGCAGCGCCUGGCCUGAUCUGUUAAGUCUCUCCCCUCUUCUCACACAGUAAUCUUAGGACUGAUGCCAUUGCUGACUUUAUGGCAUUACCGCCUAUACACCUCCCCCCCUCCUCUGCCUUCUUUGCUUAACACCCAGCCUAGCGAAUGGUCCUGGAGAACUCAAAAGCUUGCUCAUUAUUGUGCAACAUUUUGGUCCUGCACAACAUCCUCCAUGUUGCAGACGGAGGCACCAAGGCUGAACCCAAAUAGGCCUCAGGCUACCUACUGAGUUCAUGGCAGAGGUUAGAUUUGGCCUGCAAGGAGUUUUGGAAAAGGGCUGUAUUUCAGUGGUAGAGCAUCUGCUUUCCAUCUGGAAGGUCCCUGGUUCAGUCCCCAGCAUCUCCAGGUCGGGCCGUGUACAUCACUUGCCUGAAACCCUGGGGAGUCACUGCCAACCAGUGCAGUCAGCAGUACGCUAGAUGGGGCUUUACGUAAGGCGGUUUCCUUAUGUUUCUAUGAGUCAUAGCCAAGUCUCUCUAUCCACUCAGCUGCACUAGCGUAAUGUCAGUGGGAUUUCUCUUUAGGUUGCCUUGGAUUGCCCGGCCUAACUUUGUGGGUAGCGCUGUGGUCUAAACCACUGAGCCUCUUGGGCUUGCAGAUCAGAAGGUCGGCGGUUUGAAUCCCCACGACGGGGUGCGCUCCUGUUGCUCUGUCCCAGCUCCUGCCAACCUAGCAGUUUGAAAGCACACCAGUGCACGCCUAUGCCCUUUUAAAAUGUGUUUUUUGGGGGGAGGGGUAUUGGGUUGCUGUUUUUAUUUUUAUUAGGCAUUUUGUGAUUUUAUAUCUUGAUUUUAUUCUGUGAACUGCCCUGAGACCCCCAGGUACAGUGGUACCUCAGGUUACAUACGCUUCAGGUUACAGACUCCGCUAACCCAGAAAUAGUGCUUCAGGUUAAGAACUUUGCUUCAGGAUGAGAACAGAAAUUGUGCUCCGGCGGCGCGGCAGCAGCGGGAGGGCCCAUUAGCUGAAGUGGUGCUUCAGGUUAAGAACAGUUUCAGGUUAAGUACGGACCUCUGGAACGAAUUAAGUACUUAACCUGAGGUACCACUGCGGCAGGAAGGUAAAUGGUGUUUCUGUGCACUCUGGCUUCCGUCAUGGUGUUCCAUUGCACCAGAAGUGGUUUAGUCAUGCUUGGUCCUUUACCUUUUACCUUUUUUACCUAAUGUCAAUGGGAUUUCUCUUCAGGUUGCCUUGGAUUGCCCAGCCGAACUUUGCCGACUAUACAGCCAACUUCAUGAGCCGUAUAUCAAGGAUCCUGUUGCCUAUCCAAAACUUCAGGUACACGUUCCAAAAUAAGAAACUAUGCACACUGACUGGGCCGCUCUUGGUGUAAGAGAGAGAGAGAGAGAGAGAGAGAGAGAGAGAGAGAGAAGGUGCUUGUAACUAGGACUCGCUUUCUGGCCCCUACCUUUAUUUUUCUAGUCAAAUUUAUGACCUGUUCCCUUUUGAAAAGUCUUUACUGGUUUCAGGGAGAUUAGUCCCUUAUAGUCAGAGGUUGGGCCUGCCUGUUUCCUUUGGUCAGUGCUGAACUGAUGGAGAUUUAAGUUCUUAAAAACCACUUUGCUGACUCAGGCUAGUCCAGCUUUCUGUUUUCAACAUAAGAGAAGCUAACAAAUGAGACAGGAUGAAGUAGUCAUCCCCUCUUGUUUCCAGCAUCUAGUACUCAAAGAGGCAGGCUGCCUCUCUACAUGGAAGCUAAUCCUCGCUUCUGAACUUUUCAGUUUAGAGAGAAGGCGAAUAAGAGGAGACAAGAUAGAGGGGUGUAAAAUUAUGCAUGGUGUAGAAAAAAAAUGAAGUUUUUCUUACUUUCUUAUAAUAACUUGGGGGCAUGUAGGAAUCGGGGAGACUUUGAUUCAGUUUAAGGUGAGGCUACCAAACCUGGACUUUCUGAAACAACACAUGAACCCCGAAAUUUGCACUUCUCUGAAUUUUGCAGUGUAGUUCUCGAGCCAAGUAAUGUGUAGAACAAUUGCAUAUACCAGAACGAAGUGUGUAUACAAUGCAUAUAUAAAUGAAAAUACCAUGCAUCUGUGCAUCUGUCAGCCUGGGCUCCUGUGAGAGGAAGAUUGGGAUAUUAUUCUUCACCACCAUCAUUGUUUUAGAUGCCUGCUGAAAGCUUUUUUUUUAUUUUGGCAAGCCUACCUGGACAUGCAAUGUCGUUAUCUAUGUUUGUUUUAAAAGUUGUACAGAUUUUUAUCCGUUUCAUUGAAAACAAUCUUACAUACUGUCAGGGCUGCCGCAGGUCUCAGCUCACAAAAGACCAACGCCAAUUUCUUCUUAUAUACAAAAGUGUUUAUUGGAGUUCAUUGUUUGCUUCACAUCCGAGGCGCGCAGCCCCACGUCUGUUACGCUUAGACCGUUGAAGUCCCCUCUGAGUCAGUCCCUCCCCUGCACCAGUUUAAGAGGCUUGCGCUGCUCCGCCUCUUCCUCUCUUUCCUUUUCCGCAGGGUCUUCCUGCCCGCUGGGGUUUCGCCCCUCCUGGAUUCCCCUGACGCGGAAUCCCCAGCUUGCUCUUCCCCCCUCCUGCGGGCUUUGGGACCUGGCUCCUCCUCUGGGCUCCCUGUACUUCCGCGCGCCUCCACAUUUGAACUUGGCGCGCGCGCCCAACCUCUAACCUUCCUUUUGACAGUUACACUACUCCCUUCACUACUCCCCUCCCCUUCCGGGAGGGUGGCUUGCUCCGCCCUCCCUCCCUUCUCUGCUGCCGGAGCGGCGUCCCCGGAUACACUGGAACCUCCCCCCCCUUCGCUGCACUCUGGCGGGGCGGCUGGUCCUGCCGCCCAGCUGCCACUUUGGGAUCCCCGCUGGCCCCCUGCUCCUGACACGUCCCCCUGGGGCUCCCUGGCCUUGACCACCGGCGCCCCUUCUGGGAAUCCUCUGAUUCGCUGGAAAGACUCAUGGAAUCUCUUGAGUCAUUGUCAUCCUCUUCCUCGCUGUCCUGGGAUUCAUCCCCAUCGCUCUCCAUCUCCUGCCUACCCUGUGCCUCUGUCCCUGAACCCCUGACACAUACACUUGCUUUUUUAACUCUUUUGUGGAUUUUAACAGUGUUUUGUUGUUCAUUUCUUGUGUAUGCUGCUUAGAGUUUUAUGACUAAGCAGUAAGCUUUAGAGAUCUUGCUAAAUAAAUGAACUAUUGUUGCCUUUUCUUCUAAUGCACAGAUGCUGGCGUACCUGUUCUACUCUGUACCAUACUAUAUAAUCUCACUGUAUGGUUUGCUUGUUCCUGGCUGCAGCUGGAUGACUGAUUUAACCCUUAUACAUGCUGGAGGACUAGCCCAGGUAUAUUUCUUACAGAUCUGGGUUUCUCAAUAUUACUGUACAGCAGAAUUUAAAUAUUAUAUAGUGCAGGGCUCAGCAAAGUUUUGUGGAUUGGGCCAGUUCACGGUCCCGCAGACACCACGGUGGACUGGAGUGCGUGCGCAUGCAUGCGCAAACGCUAUUUCCGGCGCGCCUUCCAGCAUGGAGGAGGUGUGCGUAGCUUCCCAUUGGCUGCAGGAGCUUCCUGCAGCCAAUGGGAAGCUGGCCAGCAUCGCAGAAGGCGGUCCCUGCUCUGCUCCACGCUGGUUUAGUGCUGAGCACGGGAGCUGACCAAGCCGGUGGCAGGAGUCCCUAAGCAGGCAGCAGAAGUCCAUGAGCCAGUUAAACAACCCCCAUGGGCUGCUUGUGGCCCAUGGGCCUUAGGUUGCCGACCCCUGAUAUAGUGGAUGACCAACUGAGAGAGCCACUGCGUAGCCAGACAAUUGGUGCCCCGAAAGCUUUGGAGAGUUGGAAAACCAUACCGAAUGUGAGCUUCUAAUCCCUUCCCUCCAAUCAUUUUCACCAUAUUUGCAGUCCUGUUUUCAAACCGAAUCUGCAGUCAUCAGGAAGACUAGAAUUUUCUUCUUCUUAAAAUGGAAACCAGAAUUCUCAGAAUAAUAGCCAGAAGCACAAAAUUAAUAUCAUGUUGCUCAUCCCUGUUUGAUCAGCGAACUUUGCCCAUACCUUUCCGACUAGAACUUCAAAGCUUACUUUCCCCCUCUCAUCAUUGUUCACACAAAUAUAUUCAUUUCUCCUGUCUGUAUUAUGCACAUUAAAACAUCUGCAAUGUGCACUUGUUGCUGUCCAAAGGACAUAAUGUUCUGAGCUCGGUGACAUUGUGGCCCAUAGUCUCUGCUGAUUUAUUGAAGUAAAUAGAGAAGAAAACAUCCCUUGUUCUAUAACCCUGAGCAUGGCUUUUCCUUUUUUCAGCCGCGCAACAUAAUUUAGAAAAGGACUCCAAAAAUCGAAGGAAUUAAAAUAUAGCUGUUUUAUAGCAACAGCCUGUUGGUCUCAAGCUCGCUCCCAUGCUCCUGACAGUUGUUAAAUGCUUACUUUUUUCAAAUUCUCUUUUAAUAGAUGAGUGAGGGUUUUUUAAAAAAAAAAUAAUGCAAGAAGAACUUCCCUUAAAAACGAAAACAGUUACCGUAUUUUUCGCUCCGUAAGGCGCACCUGACCAUAAGGCGCACCUACUUUUUUGGGGGGGGGGUAUUCAAGAAAAAAAAUAUUAAUUAAAGGGAGUGCUGAGCAGAGCCUGUCUGCAUCCCAGGCUCUGCUCAGCGCUCCCUUUCAUGAGCCGCGCGGAGCACUUGCAGGCUUUUCCCCGAGGAGUGAUGGGCUGCCCUUCUCCCUCCUCGGGGAAAAGCACCUAAGAGCUACACACACACACUCCGCGCAGCUCUUUAAAGGGAGCACGGCUCUUGGGGGCUUUUGCAGGAGGUGGGUGAAGUGAGAGAGCCCUUGCUCUGUCCCUUCCCCCACCUCCCGCAAAAGCCAGGGAUAGCUGCACGGAGCCUCCCCAGGGCUUGUCGGGGCUGGCGGGGGAAGCCCGGGUCCCCCCCCCAGGCCCAGGGACCACACACUCGCUCCAUAAGACGCACAGACAUUUCCCCUUAGAUUUUAAGAGGAAAAAAGUGCGUCUUAUGGAGUGAAAAAUACGGUACCAUGCAGGUCUUGGGUGCUUGGUGGACAGCCUUCCUUUUAAUAAAAGCCCAGGGGGAGAUAUCUAAAGAAGUCUUCCCAUGGGGCUUUUUCAGAUGUAGAAGGGCCAGACAGGCAAGGAGGCUGCAGAAGGCCACAUGUUAUUGACAGCAGACACAAAUUUUCUCAAAAGGUACAGAGCGUUUAAGCGUCUUUCCCAGCUGCACUGUCCUCCUCUGACCUUUCUCCCUAUGACUUCACGCGACACAGACCAACGCUUGGCAACACCCGGUAAACAGAACUGGCCCAUCUCUUCCUUAAAUGUUAAGCUUCUGGUGCAGCCUGAACCCCCAUAUCUCUCCCUCUUGCAAAAGCAGAAAACAAAAAUAAAAAGCUCAUAAAUUUGGGCAUGGGGUUUUUUAAAACGCAAAUGAGCUGUCACUUGCAAAAGGGGAUAACAGAUGGGAGACAAAAGACAAGCCACAAUUCCGAGUGCGCCACUAUUGCUUCUAUCUUUAAAUGUUUGUUUAUGCUAAAAAUAUUCGUUGGCUCAACAAUCUCUUCUCUGUACAUAACCUUAGAUGUAAAUUUGUUCUGCACUCCAGAACAGUCCCAGGGGAGUCUACCCAAAAGCUCCCACCCACCUACUAUGCAGACAAGGGAGCAAAAACCUGCUGCUCAGUCCCUAGAAAAGAAAAACAAACCACUCUUUUCCUGUCUGCCCUGACAUUUAAAGUAGGGUGGGCCAGAUCCUGAGUACUCUGGUGACGUUAUACAGGAUUUGGGCCGAGGCUGAAAGCAGGAAGCCUGUGAACCCUAAUUGUUAAGUCAGGAAGGGAAAAGUCAGGAAAGUGGAAUGUCUUCAAGAUUCUGAUUACCCAAAUGGCGUUUCAAGUGCCCAUUGUGCGUAGACCUUGAUUUUGGCUGUGAUUUGGUGGUGGUGUUUUUAAAAUCAAAAACAAGAAGAAAAGCCAAAUUCUGUGGCUUGAAUAGAGUAGCAACUUUGUGCAUAUCUACAUAUCCAUGCAACAUUCUGUUUCUGCUAGCGAUGAAAGCUGAGCAGGAAGCUAUGUAAUGCUAAAGCCUUUCCCCCUGCCUUUGUAAACCUUAUGUGACCUCUCUCUAGAUUGUAUGAUAGCCCUAUUCAGAGAGAUUAGGAAACAUGACUAACUUAGGUCCAUAUUUCAAUGGGUCUACUCUGGGUAAACUUUAGUUGGAUACAGCACCCCCCCCCGCCCCCAAUCACCAGUCAUUCAUACCUUUCUUGAGAACUAGAAACCUUUUGGAAGUGGUUAUUGAGAGUUGUCAAAAUACUGAAUACUUUAUCCUGUGUCAGAUACUCUGGCAAGGUAGCGCCUUGACCUUUGACAUUAAAAUUUAUUUUAUCAUCUCUCAGUAAAAAAGGUAAAGGGACCCCUGACCAUUAGGUCAAAUUGUGACCGACUGUGGGGUUGUGGCGCUAAUCUCGCUUUAUUGGCCAAGGAAGCCAGCACACAGCUUCUGGGUCAUGUGGCCAGCAUGACUAAGCCGCUUCUGGCAAACCAGAGCAGUGCACGGAAACGCCGUUUACCUUCCUGCUGGAGUGGUACCUAUUUAUCUACUUGCACUUUGACGUGCUUUCGAACUGCUAGGUUGGCAGGAGCAGGGACCGAGCAACGAGCGCUCGCCCCGUCGCAGGGAUUCGAACCACCGACCUUCUGAUCGGCAAGUCCUAAGCUCUGUGGUUUAACCCACAGCGCCACCUGCGUCCCUUAUCAUCUCUCAGUAGCCUAUUCUAAAUCUCAAGUCUGUUGUAUACAAGGCAGAAGAAACUAGGGGAUUCUCUAUUCUUCAGUAGUGGAGCAGUGGCAGACUUUGGUCUUUCAAGUUUCAGUGGUGCCCUGUGCGAGACCAAAAUUUGCUGCCCCUCCACCUCUUGCCUUUGGUUCUGCUACAUCAUAGCUACGGCAUCUUGCAGCACCCCAUCAGCUCGGCACCCAGUGAGGGGGGACUGUUCACAUUCCCCUAAGUAGAGAUAGUAGAGGUUUUUUUUUGGGGGGGGGAACCAAGAUGUUCAAUUUAUGGCUGCAAUAUUGAAUCAGUUAAUCAGGCGGAUGAAUCAGUUUGAAUCCUUACUAACCAAAUAAAAAGUGGCUUUGAUUAACUGUGCAGCAGCUUUUUUUUAAAAAAGUUGCUAAUUAGACUUAAGUACAGUGGUAUCUCCGGUUGCGGACGGGAUCCGUUCUGGAGCUCCAGUUAGAUCCUGAGGUUUUCGCUAUUGGAGGUGCUUGUUCUGCGCAUGCAUGCAGCGUGGUAGAGCGCUUCUACGCAUGCGUGCAUGGCGAAACCCGGAAAAAUGCUUCCAGGUUUGUUGCAUUCGCAUCUUGAAAUUUACUUAACCAGAGGGUUACGUAAUGUGAGGUACUCCAGUGGUACCUCAGGUUACAGACGCUUCAGGUUACAGACUCCACUAACCCAGAAAUAGUACCUCAGGUUAAGAACUUUACUUCAGGAUGAGAACAGAAAUCAUGCAGCGGCAGCGGGAGGCCCUAUUAGCUAAAGUGGUACCUUAGGUUAAGAACAGUUUCAGGUUAAGAACGGACCUCUGGAACGAAUUAAGUUCUUAGCCCGAGGUACCACAUGCAAAAACCAUAGGUGGGGAAUUACAUCUUAGAAAGGGGUGUUCCCGCUUUCCCUCUUCUGAUAGGGGAAGCUGUGUGUGCGUUAGCUGAAAAAGGAAGGAAGCCAGGCUUUUUACAGGAACUGGCUUAUUUUACAGGAACUGGCUCUUCAGGAAUUGGCUUAUUUGGGUAAAAUCCAAAGCAUGCCGAUUUGGUCACAGAAUGGCUUUUGAUCAAGCAGAAACGUCUAUUGUUACAGGGCAAAGGGAGGCAAUUUUUGUGGGUUCUCUCUUCCCAGCAGCUGCCUUCUAAAUACUCCGGAGAGAAUACUGUUGAUAUGCCCAUUCAAAGCUAUGCCUCAUCCUUACUCUUCUCUCUAUAUCCACAGGCUCAGUUUUCACACAUUGGGGCUUCUCUACAUGCUAGAACACCUUACAUCUACAGAGUCCCCGAAGAAGGAAAUAUGUGGUUUCUUCUACUCAAUGUAACAUAUGGAGUCGUUCCUCAGCUGUUGGCUUAUAGGUGCGUCCACAGUCCAGAAUUUUUCUUAAAGGCCAAGCCAGAAGACAAGACUGAGUAGGGAGACUGGAGUGACGUCUUCAGUUUUGUGAAACUGGACUGCUGUUACAAACUCAGAGAGCAAGGAAGGGUCUUGCAAUACCUGGAAGGCUUAACACAUUUAUUAAGGUAGAGGUUUUCAUGGACCACAGUCCAUUUCAGCCGUAGUCCAUUUUACAUCUGACCAAGUUGACUGCAGUCAUCAAAAGCUUAUGCCAUAAUAAAUCUGUGAAGUCGUUAAGGUGCCACACGACUCUUCGCUGUUUUUGGUGCAAAAAGACUGGAUAUAGCUACUCCUUUGCAACUCUACAAGGUUUGUCUGCAAAGACACGUCAGCUCGGUAUUAUGUACUGUUGCAGGAAAUAAAAGACUACUUCUGUCUUUCGUAGCGCUUCUUGAAAGCUUGCUUUCAUGGCAUUUUUAUUUAUUUACAAAUAUCUAUAGGCUGCCCUUAAGAGCAGAACUCUCUCAAGGCGGCUUACACCAUAAGGACACUGUCUGGAUAGGAGUUAGAACUAAAGGAAGUUAAAAUCAAGAUAGUUCACCACAAGGGAUGUAAGAAGGCAUCGUCUGUAGUUCCACUGUUUCAUCCUCAUAUGCAGCAGAGUUUCUGUUCCACUGCAGUUCAUCUUAUGCCAACAGAUAUGUUGUUCGUCUUGAUUUCCACUGUGGCAAAGUCAUGUAACUUACCUAAGUUAUAUCAUCAUUACAUUAUUCCACCCCGUUCAUUUCAAAGUGAAGGAAUCACAGUGCAGGUUUUAUUUGGGGGGGGGGGGUUAUAAUCAGUUAUGUAUAGUUUUGCAGCAUCAACAGCAGUGACUACUGAUCACACUUGCCGGACUGAUUUCCAGUUUGCACAUGGAUGCAUAAGCAAAUGUUGGCAAUUUUUUGCUUCUGUUUCUGUUCUGUUCUCUGACAUUUUUAUUCACCGUUGAAUUUAACACGAGUAAUUGGUGAACUGAAACUUAUUUGGCAUGGAAAUCUCUGGUCCCUUUGGUCAUUUUUUAGCACGUCUCGGGCUCUUCUGCACAAUGGUGGAGCUGGAGCUGAUUGUUGCAGUGCAAAUUGUACCAGGUUGCAGAAGUUCACAUAUCUCUGCUUCAGUAUAGUGAAGGUAAAAAAAAGCUGCUGCCAGAAAUUCUACAAAUCCUAUAUUAAUAGUUGCCUGUUGCCCUCCACUUUACAAAAGACCACUUUACAAAAGACAAAAGUGGUUUUUAUUUAAUACUUGUUUACAAUUCAGAUGUACUAUCUAUCCCCAGAAGAGAUUGCCAUGGAUUCCUUCAGAUGGCUGCCCUAGUCUCCUGCUCCCUUAAACCAUGACACCCGUUUUUCUUUGCUGUCCCUGUUCUUUGGACUUCUCUCAGAGUGCCUGCAGGGUAUUGCCUCUCUCUGCUUUUUCAAAGUCCUCAAAACACAUCUCCACCCUGCCAUCCCCCACAAAAACUUUGGCUUUAAACUGUUACAGUCCGAUUAAAUGCAUCGUCCAGCUGAGGCUGCUUUGGGUGGUUAGGAGAAGGUACUAAACCUUCCUCUACCCCAGAAACUUAUUUUUCCUCUCCUGGUGGGAGAAAAACUAUUCUCCUUGGUGAAUAGCAAAGCAUAGGUGUUGAAGCAUGCCAAACUUUAAAUUGGGGUGGGCAAUCUUUUUCAGAUCCAGGGUUGUAUUCCCUUGUGGGCAACCUUCCAGGGGCCACAUUCCAGUGCAGGUGGGGCCAGAGGCAAAAGCAGGCAGGGAAAGGGAUGUAAAUUCCCCAUUUGUGCCAUAGUGCCAGGAGCGAGCCAGCAAUAAAUCACACACAGUAACUGAUUGAUUAGAAGAGACAGGAUCUGUCCAGAAAUGCCAGGCCUAAUGAGCACAGCAUCUCUUCUUUGGUAGGUCUUGCCUCUGUGAGGCAGUUGUGGAGACUGAAGGUCCCCACCUUCCCACAGCUGCCUAAGUCUCCUCUCCAGGGUUACCCCCAAGCAAUCUGAGACUAUGCUGGUGUGCCUGCCUUUGCUCCUCUUGCUUCAUGCCUCUCCUGGUUCUGGGAGACCAGUGGGGAAGGGAGCUUGUGACAGCAGGACAGGGAGACACCCAUGCCUCUUCACCAGCCUGAUUCAUCUCUGCUUUUUGCCCACUAAACACUGUUACCUCUUCAGCUUUUGACACCUCCUCUUCCCCCUCUUCUCCCUCUGACCACUCAUUGUGGUCCCACCACCAACCCCAGGGCUCUGAGCCUUCUUCCCUUGGGAGCUACCUUGCUGGUUCCUCCCCUGUUCCUUUGUGUCCAGCUUGUCCACGACACAUGGGUUAGCUUUAUACAUACGCAUGUCUCUCCAAGGAUAUAUUCCAGCCACGUAGAAGCAUUAGAGGAGGGUAUGACCUGGAGGCCUGCAUUUGAUCCCUCGUCUCAGAGUCAUCUCCCCGCUUUAAAUGGUCCUAUAUGUCCCCAGCCUUCCCAUGAGUUUCCAAGCAAUCCAUGGACUCUUGCAGAUACCAUCAUAAUUGCUUUAAACCUCAGUCUACACCCCUGGCUGAAAUGAAACCUGAAUAUGUGUUUGGCUGCCUCUGCUGAUAGCUGCCACUCGCUCCCUUAAGUUGCUCCUUCCUUACCUUUGUUCUCCUCUUCUCCACUGUCACAAACAGAUUUGCAACCUGAUCGGGGUCCUGUUUUUUCCCCUCAUUGUUGAUACGCGCCGCUACAAAGCGCCGUGUAAAAAAGGUGCUGCGAUGUGAAAGGAUAAUAAAACGAGCAGCGACAGGUGCUGCAGUGAGCGACACGAUGGAAGUGGGACGGCACGGCAGUGGUUCUUGAACAAAUGCACCUGACACUGAAUGCAACUUGCAAAUGAGGGAGCAAAAGAACUGGGUUGGGAGCAGUGGACAGAGAGAGUAGCAAGUCGUGGUUUAGUCAGAGGAUGCAUUCAGUUCUCAGUUGCAGCACUUCUUUGCAAGCUUUUGCAGUUCUUAAUAAGGUGCUUGCAACUAUGUAAAUGCAGGGCUCGCUUACAAAUGGGCAGCAGAUCUAAGAGUUGCUGCAAAGGCCUCAUAAGCCCUGGAUUUGGCAAGCACAAGUUUUGACAGUUCUUGCAGAGGGCUAAAGAACUGCUGGAACAAGGAAAUGACUGGCAGUGUAAAGCUUUAAAGUUGCUGCUCACAAAUCAGCUAUGAAUCCCUCUGCUUGCGCCUCCAGAAUUGUAAGCUCAGCACUUCGUGAAAUGAAGGCAACAGACUGUGUGUUUUUAUGUGUUCAAUUGUCACUUUGUUGUUGUUUCCAGGAUACCCCUUAUGCCACUCACAAGCAGCUGCUGAAAUAGAGACGGACAAACCUUUG